AUGAGCCUGUGGAUGGCGCGGUGGCGGCGGUGCCGCUCCCACGAGCAGAGCCCAUCGAAAGUCCUGGCGGAGUUGUGGCGGCAUUUGAGGUCCCUCCCGAGCAAGCUGGGUCACUUCUCACUUGCGUCUGCUGGUGAUGGGGUGCCUCCCGGGGCUGAGUCCUCAGUCCGCGUGAGGAGUGACGACCUGUUGCCGAUUGACCUGAGGGAAGUCGCCACUUACCUGCUGGACGAGGGAAGCACCGUAGCCAACAGUGUUGCCUGUGUCCUCAAUACCUUGAACUAUCUGGCCCUUUGCUCAGGCCACGCACCGGUUCCUACCGUGAUGCCAGAGAGGCCCUUGACCAACCCGCAGAAGCAAGUGAUUGACCAUGUGCGGCAAGCCUUGAGUCACCUGGAGAACUCCGGAGAGCAGGUGGCACCAUUCGCGCGCAUGGCUGACGAGUUGAGAGAGGCAAAGUUCGACUACGCUGGCGAGCCCAUCCUCAUGAUGGAGGACCUGGAUGCCGAGCAGGUGAUUGCGGCCUGGUCCGCAGUGGGACAAGCGGCUGUUCAAGAGGCCACAGCCUUCUUACCGGAUCACAUCCGUGACAAGUUGAAUGAUCCGAGGUCGUGUCUGCUACCGUUGCAUGAAUGGCCUUCACGUACCCCUGUCUCCAAGGUGAGGGCCUCGGAUGAAGAGUGGCACAAGGUGGUGGUAGCGGCCCAUGAGCGAGGAUUGAUGGUACCCCUUGACCCGGAAGACGUUUUCAAGGACGCUUCUGGUGUGCCUGUCCUAAAUGGUGCAGGCGCGGUGCCCAAGUUCAAAACCAUUGGGGGACAGAAGAGGAAGUGCCAGCGGUUCAUCAGCAACUUGAUCCCGUCGAACGCGUUUCAAGCCCGCAUUGACGGUGACGACAAGUACCUCCCUUACCUUGGUCAGCUGACCUUGCUUGAGCAGGAGAGCGACCAAGUGUGGCUGACCGACAGUGAGGACUUCACUUCUUCCUUCAACCUCUUCAAGAUCCCGGCAGCCUGGCAUAAUCUGAUGGGCUUUGGCAAGCUUGUAGAUGCGUCAGCCUUUGGAGGGCCGGCAGGCCGGAAGGUAUACCCAGCAAUCCCCAUGGGAUGGCUGAGCUCUGUGGCAGUGGUGCAGGCGAUCGUCCGGUCCCUUGUGUUUGACCACGCUGCGGUCCUUCGCUUGACCGAGGUGACAAAAAUGCGAGCUCUUCCAGACUCAGGCGACCUCACCGUGAUCUACCUGGACUCCUUUGAUGAGCUCCGGCGCCUCGAGAAAGGGUGCAAAGAGGCCCUCGACGAGAGCAUGUCUGACCGGCACGCCAGGUUUCUUCAAGUCUGCCGUGAAAAGGGGUUGCCCCUGAAUGAAAGCAAGAGGUUGGUGGCCUCCACUCGAGGGACCCUUCAAGGGGGCCUGUUGGAUGGGGACCUCGGCAGAUAUGGGCUAUCCCCGGACAAGAUGGCCAACCUGAUGGGUCUAGCCAGCUCACUCGCGGGCCAUGAACAGUGGUCCGAGUUCAUGCUCCGCCACCUGGUCGGCAAGGCAACCUUUGGGAUGUGCUUCAGACGACCGAUUUUCUCGGUCCUGCAAGGGGUCUUCAGUGAGAUUCAGUGCCGGGCCGCUUUCAACGACAUGGCUGCCCCUGCGGCGACCGUGGUGGAUGAGGUCUUGAUGGUCCUGUGCCUGGUUCCGGUGAUGUUCACCAGCCUGAAGGCUGCCCUGGACGAUGAGGUAGCCGUGACUGAUGCGUCACCCUCCGGAGGAGGUGCUGCGGUUGCAACUCGGUUCAAGCCACCGCCCUUGACUGUGGACAGUGACCCACGAGUCUGCCACGAGUGUGGCAGUGACUGCUCGAACCGCGCCAGGUAUCCUUGCCCCGCGGAGUGCGGUGCCAUGUUCUGCUCUCUGGCGUGUGUGAUGGGUCACCGCGAUGUGGACCGCCCAGCGGCUGGGGAGUGCCCGCGCCGGGCAUGGCGUCCGCCCCGCUUUGGGGAGCGAUUCUCCGGCCCUAGAGCGCCCUUGAGCCACGCAGUGGCCCUUGAAGGAAGGAUUGAAGUGCAACCCCCGUUUGACCUGCACUUCGGGCUGGACAUGUUCACCGACCAUGGCCGCUCGGAGUUGCAGCGGCUAAUGGAUGACGAGGACCUGGUCGCAGAGCAUUGGGCACCUGAGUGCAAGCUGUUUUCGAGGGCCAGAGGCCGCCCCAUCACCCUUGAGGAUGGCCGAACCAUCCAGGGCCCCCAGCCAGUACGGGAUGGCCGUCACCUUAUGGGGUUCCCUUGGCUCCCGCAUGAAACCCGAGCAAGGGUGAGGCAGUCCAACAACAUGGUCCUCAAGGCCCUGAAGCGUGGGAAAGAUGUCAAUCGGCCCAACCGCUACUGGACGGUGGAGCACCCGUACCGGUCGUGGAUGUGGGACUUCACCCUGGUCAAGGAGUUGGAGCAGGAGCCCGACUUCAGCCACGCGGUAGGGUCGUUGUGCUGCUUUGGUGGUCAGAGAGAGAAGUGGUUUUCUUUCUUCGGGGACCUUCCCACGCUGCCGCAGCACUUGGCAAUCGAUUGCCCGGGCCACCAAGGCCUGCUCUCUUGCCAAGUCACCCAGCGGGCCGAUGGCACCCUGGUGUAUCCCACAGAAGAGGAGGCAGAGUAUCCUUGGAGGCUUUGCACUGAGUACGCUGCCGCCCUUACGGAGCAGCUCAACCUUGACGGCCGCUUCGACGCCAUGGUUUCCGCCGAGAGGGAGCGCUACUACCUGGAUGAGUUGGCCCAGUCCACGGGUCGCCUGGCCGCUACACCGGUCAAAGAGGCUGUCGCUGCAACCUUGGUCAAGGAGGAGGCCCACUUGUGUCAGACAGAAGAGCGAGCCCACCUCCGGGCCUUGCUACGCGCAGCUACUUACCGGGGAACCGAUGUGAGGUUCUUCGUGGAGCUGGACACUGAGGACCAACCUGAAUUGCAUGAGGUGCCUUACUUGGCACUGAGAUGGGAUUGGAAGACCAUUUUGGCCUUCCCGUGGAAAGAAGACGGGCAUAUAAACGAAUUGGAGCUCAAUGCAGUGGCGGUUUACCUCAAACGCAGGUCAUUGGACAAACAACUGGCCGAAUUCAUUGAUUUACUGUAUCAAGAAGGAGAGCCAAUCUCCUAUGCCGGGUCCAGCCAAUACUUUCGCAAUUGGCAGCGCUGUUACGUUCCUUCAAGGGCAUUGCCAGCGUCCUGGGACCUGGUGGAAGGCCUGAUGGGCCUGGCGUUUCACAAUGGCCAACGGAGUUUUGGACUCUUAUUGGCGCUGGGGUUCAACUGCCUACUUCGGACCAGCGAGAUGCUGUCCCUCACCCACAAACAUGUGGUGUUUCACCCACGCCGUAAUGGCCUGAGCGUGGUGAUCCCUGGCAGUAAGACCUCACAGGGCAAUCCACAAGUCCUCCUGGUCACUGACCGCCAACUGGUGCAACUUGCCAAGGACAUCAUCUGCCCCACCUCGGGGUGGGGCUACGUGGUACUUUCAGUCGUCACUGUCGACGCAACAGUGACGCGCGGCCGCUGGUCUUGCAACAAGACGGCCCGUCAGUACAUCGAUGAGGGCACGGCUCAGUUGGCCCAUGCCUCGUGGUCGGCUCCUCAACGGCAUUCGGUGCGCACAUGGAGUCGUUUCCUGUUGCGAGUGCCUCGUGAGGCCACAGUGGCGACCCAAGCACCAGCCAACUGUGCUGUGGGGAGUCAUGACUCCUUCUUGGGCUAG